GGGAUAUAAAUCUGUUCAAGGUUAGAAGUGUAAUAAUUGAAUUAGCCUCCCAUGGACCAGAGUUUUCUUUAAAUAUAAAACUAUCAGCGUUUUGUAUGGAUAUCAUGAAAACAUCUUGAGAUGGGAUAAUGCUUUCUUGGAAUUAUGAAGGUUGUUAGGUGGCACCGAAAACAAAAUAACAUUUGAAUUCUCCAACAAGGGAAUAUGAGUUGUAAGCAACUUAGUUAUGUACAUACACCCGCUGGUUACUGUUACAGUCACCAAACAGUCCCGGAACGUUUGCAAAAAAUGGUCGAAAAAUGUCCUGAUCAAGACGUUUACGUAUUUCUGUAUCCAGAUGGCAGAAGAGAUUCCAUAUCUGCUGGUACGCUAUUUGAAAUGUCGAAAACUUUUGCAAAAUCUUUGAUUCAGCUUGGACUCAAGAAAGGUGAUCUAGUUGCUACAUGUCAAGCAAAUGACAAGGAUGCUCUUAUUUCUUCAUUUGGCGUCAUUUUUGCAGGAGGUAUCAUCACACACUUGCUAAUGCGAAACGAAGAUGGUACUGAUUUUCAAAACAAGCUGACUAAACUAGGUGUAAAAUAUCUAAUUCUUUAUCCUGGUGUUAAUGAAGAACAAUUUAGGGCGUGCAUGAAUUUUAUCGAUAAAAUUGACCCUGACGGAAGCGCUCGGAGCAAUAAAGUACCAUCGCUACAGGUGGUUAUUACUACUUCGCCAGUUAAGAGACAGCAAUUAUUGCAGUUGGGAGAUCUUUUAAAAGAGACAUCCAAUGCUGAUGUUACACUACCUAAACUGGAUCCGGAGGAAACAGUCGUUCUGUUUACAACGUCAGGAUCAACUGGUGAGCCCAAGUUUGUUCCACAUACACAUCAUGACGUAGAUAUCAUUGGACACCAGUUUAAAGAAUCAAUUGGUUAUAAUAUUGAUGAUGUGAUAUAUAGUGAAAGGCGUAUAGCUUGGUUAGCGGGCUUUCCUUUCAUGUUACUGCAUGAUUGUCCCAAGUUGGUGACAAUAACACAUCCUAUUGAAAACUUCACUGAACAUACUAAAUUUACAUAUGAUGCUUUGCGGAAUGAAAACUGUACCGUUGCUUGUGUUUUCCCUGCAACAGUGGUAGGUCUCCUCGAUAUGAUUUCAAGCAAGCCCGAUCGUAUGCUGUUGAAAAGCAUCCAUCUUGGUGGCCUAACAAUUGCAUCUAGUAUUAUGAAUGCCAUAGGUGUCAUUACAGAAGAAGUAACAAAUAUUUACGGUACGACUGAAGGUGGCGUAUUUACGUCGAAUCAUGUGAAAGAGAAAAAGAUGUACAUUGAGUUCAAUACAGGUAAACCUAUAGCUGGUGUUGAAAUUAAAGUCGUUGAUAAAGAGGGUUUUGUGAUUGAAAGGGGACAAACAGGAACAGUAUGUGCACGGUCGCCUUCAAUGGCCAAGUGUUACUGCGUCGAUGAAAAUACAACAUUGCCAGUUGCAAAGUCAAGCGGAUGGCUUGACACUGAAGACAUAGGUUAUGUUUCAGAAGAUGGUGAGCUUGUUGUAAUCGGAAGACAGUCCAGUACAGUGGGUAUUUUAUAUACAGGAGGAAGGUACAUGCCUGGUUUGAUGUCGUAUCUCGAGGCAUUAUUCAAACAACACCCAAGUGUCCUUGAUGUUGUUGCUUUAACGAUACCAGACGAUGUCUUUGUCGAAAUAGUUUAUUCUUGUGUAAUCCCAUUGCCUGGCAAGAAGUUAACAGCGGACGAUUUGGAGCAUUUUCGUAAGUCUAAAACGGUGCCUCUUGCAGAGGAAUGGGAAGGUUUUGAGAAGGUUAUGCUUUUUCAGUCAUUCCCAAAACUGUAUACAGGAAAAACAGAUAAACGGGCGUUGAGGAAAGUGGUCAUGCGCAGAAGAAAAGAAGAGAUUAAUAUGUAAAUUACAUUUAAGGGUUGCUUUUUAGGAAGCUUGUAUUUUAGAUUGCUUUAAAAACUAGUACUAUGUUUCAUUAUACUUAAUAUAAGGCUUUGAUCUACAAACGCCUAUUCUAUUUCUUAUUAACAAUCUUCUUCUAUGUAAUGAUAUGCUCAUUUGAGCCGUGCCAUGAGAAAACCAACAUAGUGGGUGUGCGACCAGCAUGGAACCAGACCAGCCUGCGCAUCCGCGCAGUCUGGUCAGGAUCCAUGCUGUUCGCUAACAGUUUCUCGAAUUCCAAUAGGCUUUAAAAGCGAACAGCAUGGAGCCUGACCAGACUGCGCGGAUGCGCAGGCUGGUCUGGAUCCAUGCUGGUCGCACACCCACUAUGUUGGUUUUCCCAUGGCACGGCUCAUUUAAUAAUUUCCCACAUUUACAAAAUCAAUGGAUGUUAUCCGAGUUUAAAUAGUUCCUAAUCUGCCAAUCCUACUUUCAUGAAAAAUGGAUUCAAAUGAAACCAACUUGACCUACCUAAGCAGAUUACCGAACCCACUAUCCUGGCACGGACACACAAUUGCUACAGAAUAUCACAGAACAACAAAAUUUAUAAGGAAAACAAAUCUUACACAAAUUGUCACGGUACAAGCCAUAUAAAACUGGGUAUACCGCUAGCAAAAUCAUACGUGGGUUUAAACAGAUUUAAUAGGUACCCAACCUUACUUUUGCUCUCUAAAAUUUUAAGAACACUAACUACAAACAUAAACAAAUUGUUUACUGAAGUUAUGUUUCAACUACAUAGAUAUGUAGGCAGGCAUGGCCGUACUUGGAUGAUUUUGAAUUGUACGCCAGAUAUGAGCAGCACAGCUAUGAACCAAGCAGCGAUGCUGCAAGUAUAGGGUAGGUUAGAGAAGGGGUUUCCAUCUCCCGGUGGAUUGGGAUUGUGGGGGUUGAAAAUGUUGAACAUUAGUCGGCAAGAGAUGUAUUCACUUGAUAUAUUCCAGAGGUUAUAUAUUUUGUUUGUUACGUUUAUUGUACAUAUUACAAAUAUAAUCAUUUAAAAAUCAGUUUAUAACACCAAUCAUGCUUACCGGCAGUAAUAGUGACAUUAUUUAAACGUUAAAGCUACAACUCGAGGAGCCUCGGAUAUUUUGAGGCAUACAAUCAUUUUUCGUAUAGAGUCCUAUGUAACUUAGCGGUUGAAACUGUGUGCUUCAGUAGCUUUCAAGAUCCCUGAAGCACGAUCGAUAAUUGGUCCGUAUUCAUUAAUGAAGGGCUUGGUACGGUUUACAUUGAAAAAUGGCCUUUCGUGCAAAUUGCUAAAAGAAUAAUGAUUAGUAGUAUCACCCUUACUAAAAAAUAUGUUAAGAAAUCAUGAAAAUUGUCCCUUCUACACGUCGAUUUUCAGCCUGUGCUAAAAAGAUCCACUUACGUGCUUAUUUGACGUUACGUCAAACGUUACUGAAAAGUAUAUACUAGUAUAUACGUAAUUACCGUAGUUUCAUUCCAAAUGUACUUAAAUUAUGCGGGCAAGCAUAAUAUUCCCUUGAUGAAUGAGUUCCAUAUAUUCAGCACUGAAACUGCACGAAAUGGAUAUUUUAUUACAUAAAAUCAGAAAUAACAUCACACCAUAAAGUUAACGAGGAAACAGUAAAGUAAUUUUGCUGAUUAAAAAUAGUUCCAUUAUCAACGUAUUGAAUAAUAAAUAUAUGAAAGAAAUAUAUAAAAAAUGUCCUAUAUAUUUAAGUUGUUUGAUUCAUUGACAUAUUAUUCGAUCACGUCCAUGCAAAUAUAGCCGUGCAAUAUCGAUUCCAUGGAGUCCACAAGAUGCACGUGUAUGUGAUAAUAGUACUCCUUGUGUAUGUAUUCUUAGAUUAGAGAUGUGGUACUUGUACGAGUACACGUUCGUGUAGGAUUUCAUUCAUUAUUUCAAUAAGCGUUUAUGUGCUAAAGUUUAGAACAUUCCACUUUACACACACUUUAGCCAUACACGUUCAUUUAAUCUUGGUUUGAUAGAGCCGUUGCUAGGGGGCGUGCAGGUUGUUGUACAUUGAACCAUUAGAGAAACCAUUAGCGAACAGCAUGGAUCCUGACCAGACUGCGCGGAUGCGCAGGCUAAUCUGGAUCCAUGCUGGUCGCAAACCCACUAUGUUGAUCUUCUCAUUGCGCGGCUCAAUUAUGUUUUUGGAUUUGAUCUAUUUCUCCAAAUAGUCGUUUUGUAAAUUUUAUUCAAUACACAGAUGACAUGCUGGAAAUUCUAUAGCAAAUUAUUAAAAAUUAAUGAUAAAAUGCUAGUCACGAGCCUCGCGUUUUAUUAUGUUAAUUAACUAUGAAUAAAUUCAAUAAGAAAACUGAGACUUAUGUAAGUUCCUCUAUGUAUUUCACCAACAUCCGUAAAAUUCAAGUAUAUACACUGUCGACAUUUUCCUUUCAGAUGAUUUACUCAAAUGAAUAUUUAUCAAAAUUAUGUAAUUCUGUAUUAUGUUGAACGAAUAUACAGAAUUUGAAAUUUCAGCUGUUUCAUUGAAAUCAAUGAUAAAUAGAAUGAAAAGUUGAUUGCUUCGAUGAAUUCUUUAAAGUUUGUGAUUUCAAGCAGUGUGGUUUAUAAAACUUCUAGAGUACAUGUUUUAUUAAAUUUAUGAAACCAUGUGCAGAGGCCUAAACAUGUUUUGUGAGCAUCGCUGUAGCUAGCAAACUUCUGGGACCCACGCAUAUAUUUUCUAAUUAAUGUUGAUCUGAGACGACACAUGAUAAAUACAGUACAUAAUAACUUAAAGCAUAUUUCAAUUUUGACUAAGUUACGUUCAAAAUACUGUAAAAUCAUUUAAUUUCGUUGGCAUGAAAUUUCGUGGUUUUGAUCAAAACGGCGAUUUCGCGGGGAUAUGAAUUCGUGGAUUUCAACUUUUGGUCAUCAAAUGGGAAUUUUACUUGUUCGGUGGGAUUAAAUAUCGUGGAUUGACUGAACCACGAAAUCCACGAAAAUUUGUCCCCCACGAAUAUUUAUGAUUUCAUAGUACUUCUUACCGCCGAACCGUAUAGAUCUAAUCAUUUAUCUCGACCUAUCGGAUAAAACACAGGUCUCUUAUAAAUAUUCAAUAUAGUUUUGAUAUCUCCAUACUUCAAAGAGGUGUUGUUAAAAGAACACAAAAUUGUUUCUUUAACAUGCAUAGUAACUAUAUUUUAGCAAGAUAUUUAGCUUCUAACGCUGACAAGAUGUCAGAUCUUCGAAAAAUACCCAGCAUUUAAAAAUUAAGCGGUAAACUUUACAAAUUUUGUUAUGUGAUAGAGGUGACUCUUCCCUCGUGUAUACUGUGUUUAGAUUUUCAAGCAUUGCGUCUUAUUUUAAACCUAGUGCAUAGUACUAUUCUUUUUCAUUAAAUUACAUCAUUGUAAACUGUAUGUAAUACUCCCGCACGAUAAUUCAAACGACAGCAUAUUUGUAUUAUCGUUUGAUUGUUAUGGUUCUCAUGCAACGUUGAACUCAAAAAGGUUGUCAAUGAUAGAAGUUAAGUGCAUACUGUAAUGUUAUACAAAAAUAUUUUCUGUAUUGAAACGUUUUAAUGAAGAAAAAUUAUAAUUAUCAAGCAUGUUAUCGUUUGAGUUAUCGUGCGGGAUUUAUAGUAAUUGUUUAUAUUUUCGUAUGUAAAAUUUGGAUCUAGUAUACCUUUGUGACAUGGUCUGUAGCUUGUAUCCGCUCGCGUCUUUGAAUGUUUGAAACCCCGGAUGAGAUGUCUAUCUUUAAAUGCGAGCUUAUUGGUGCUUGUGUCAUAUGGUGUGGCUGAUGGUAGGGAACAACUACUUUAAGUUUGAAUCAAAUCUAUUAGUAAAAACAGAGAUAUGGUGAAAAAUCAUCAAAAUUAAACUGAAAUUCUACAUAAAAAGGGGACAUAAUUCAUGAAAUAUUGGUGGAAAAGUUAUAGCCCUUGUGUCAUAUGAUGUUCGUGGUGAUUUGGAACAACUACUUGAAGUUUGUAUCAAAUCCAUUUGGUAAUAACAUAGAUAGAGUAAAAGCGCAUCAAAACUUUACCUGAAAAUUUAAGUAAAAAUGAAGAUAAUUAAUAAAAUAUUAGUGUCAGAGUUAUGGCCCUUCAGUCAAAUGCUGUGGGUGAUGAUAUGGAACAACUUUUUUUAAGUUUGAAUCAAAUUUGUUUAGUAAUAACUUAAAAGUGAAUGUGCACCAAAACUUUAACCAGAAAAUUCCAAGUUAAAAGGGGGGACAAUUCAUGAAAUAUUGAUUUGAGAGUUAUGACCCUGUUGUGUCAUAUGAUGUGCGUGAUGAUGUGGAACAACUGCUUCAAGUCUAAAUAGAAUCUUUUCUGUAAUUAUAACAGAUAUAUAGUGAAAAUGCGUCAAAAUUAACCUUCAAUUCUAAGUAAAAAGGGGGCAUAAUUCAUAAAAAGUUGGUGCCAGAGUUAUAGACCUUGUGUCAAAUAAUAUGGGUGCUGAUGUGAAACAACUACUUUAAGUUUAAAUAAAAUACAUUCAGUAAUAACUGAGAUUGAGUGGAAAGCAUCAAAACUUUAACCAAGGUGAGGAUGCGGUAGGACGCCAAUGCCGUAUUGAAUAGGACAGCUCAGUCGAGCUAAAAAGCGACCAACUGGAACAGAGGCUAUACAAUGAUUGUACUUAAUUUUUCAUGUUGUAAUCAAAUGUUAACUUACUAGUUAUAUCAUCAGUGUUUAAUCUAUGAAUAAAUUCCAUGCUUUCUUUUCA